GCAUUGGAAGCAAAUUGCGGAGUGUGUUUGUAAAUUUCUCUGUCUAAGUACUCGUCCGUCUUUGUUUCUCUUUAUUCUCCCGGCCGCCUUUGUCUCUCUAAAGCGAUGUCGGCACAACACCAAUGCCUCAUGCCUUUGGAAGCGAACCCCGAGGUGGUGAAUCAGCUGCUGGCGCUGCUGGGGGUACGGGGUUUGCUGGCCAGGGACUUGCUGGGCUUGGAGGGCACUGACCUGGCGGGGAUCCCUCGCCCAGCGCACGCCAUCAUCUUGCUGCUGCCCCGUGCAGCCCACGACUCUGGAGAGGGGCAGAAGGGGGCGGCCGCCCCCGGUGACGUGUACCAUGUGACCCAGCCGGCCCAGACGCUGUGCGGCAUUCUGGGUAUCGUGCACGCCCUGGCCAACAUCCCCCGCGCUGCACUGCGAUUGGACAGUGACUCCCCAUUCAAGAAAUUCCUGGAGGAGACGAAGUCUCUGAGCCCCGCGGAACGAGGAGAACGUCUCCAUAGUGACAAGGCCAUUUCUAAGGCGCACUUGGCUUGCGCUAAUCAAGGCCAGUCCCAGGUGCCAGGCGAGCCGUCGAGCGUCGAUCUGCAUUACGUGGCGCUGGUGUGCGUGGGAGGCGGCCUGUACGAACUCGAUGGAUGGAAGUCUGCCCCAGUGCACCAUGGGCCUUCCAGCGCGGACUCCAUUCUAGAGGUGAG